CCAAGCGAGCAAUGGAGCAGCCAUCAAUUUGAGUAUUUCACCGGCGAUCCCGAUCCCCGAACGGCCUCCCAAACCAAUUCCCGCUCCCUCUCCCCCCGCCGGCACGACAUGGACUCACCGGCGCUCACCGACGACCUCCUGUCGGACAUCUUCCUCCGCCUCCCGGAGCCGGCCGACCUCGUCCGCACCUCGGCCGCCUGCGCCCCCUUCCGCCGCCUCGUCACGGACCGCGCGUUCCUCCGCCGGUUCCGCGCGCUCCACCCCGCGCCGCUCCUCGGCUUCCUCGACCACAAUGGCUUCCACCCGGCGCUCCCGCCCCACGCCUCCGCGCCCGCCGCGCGCGCUGUCUCCCUCGCCGCGGAUUUCUCCUUCUCCUUCCUCCCAUCCUCCUCCACGGGCCGCGGCUGGGUCGUCCGUGACGUCCGCGACGGCCGCGUCCUCCUCGACCGUUCCCCCGAGGACGGCGACACAGAGGCGCCCUCUGUGUUCACGGAGGUAGCGGUGUGCGACCCCUUGCACCGGCGGUGCGUCCUGCUCCCCCCGAUCCCCGACGACCUGGCCGCCGCGGUGGACCAGCCGCUCCGCGUGGAGUUCGACCGCUGGUGCGAGCCCUUCCUCGCUCCCCGUGGCCGCGGCGACCCGGAGGAGGACGAGGCGUCGUUCGGGGUGAUCUGGAUGGCGCAGUGCAAGGCCAAGCUGGUCGCCUUCGCCUUCUCUUCCGGCACCGGGCAGUGGCGCGCCGUCGCGUCCCUGGCCUGGCGCGAUCUGAUGUCCGGCGUGGGCGUGUCGUCAAGGAGCCCUGCGUUCUCCGGCCGUCAAUACGCCCGCGGCUGCUUCUACUGGGUGAUGGAUUGGCGGGACAAGUUGCUCGUGCUUGACACAGGGAGGAUGGAGUUCUCCAUUGCUGACCUCCCACCGGGCUGCCAUAGGCGACAGAUCGCCAUUGUUGAAGCAGGGGAAGGCAGGGUCGGGAUGUUCGCGCUCCGGGACCACGUUGCGGACGGCGCGGUCAGUCUCUAUUAUACUGUAAGGCAAGACGAUGGCAAUGGUUCCAGCCAUUGGCAGAUGGAGAAGACGAUCCCAUUGGAUCCUGAGUUCCGGCAUUACAUCAGGGGUGCAAUGGAGAGGUACAUACUCCUGCUGAGGUUUCCUGAACACCUAAGCUCAGCAGGGGUGCGUGUGAGCUCAUCGACAGAGGUGGCAGACGAAUGUUUCUCAAUGGACGUCAGGACCUUUCAGCUUGAGAGGGUGUGUCAAUUGAAGCACCACAUUCCACGCGCCUACAUAUAUACCAACUUUCCUCCAUUGCUGUCUCCACAGAGUAUCUAAAGAGCUUUCUGGAGCCGUGGUCAGAGCAACAUUCUAUUUUCUCAAGGCUCAAAACAAUUGGGUGUGAGCUUGCUGUAUGAACUCAUAUACUGUCCCAGAUUUCCAUAUUAUCAUGGUCCUCACAGAAGAUGUUGCCAUGUUGGUUUAGCCAGAGUGAUGAUCUAGUAAGAAACAUCCGAUUGUAGUACUGCAUAUAUACCGAUUAUAGUUAUACUUUGUGAAGCUAGUAUUGUGCUUGUGUAUAAGUAAACAGUCGUGGGAUUGAGUUUAUGCCAUAAUCAGACUGUCUAAGCAUAUCUGCGAUGUUUGUGUGCAGUAUGUAUCCAAAAUGUCCUAAAAGUUCAUCGGUAUUUGACGAUACUUAUAUUGAGACAUGUAUAUAUGUUUACUUAUGUGGUGUUCAAAUUA